AUGUGCAUCAUCCUUCCUGUCGACCACAUCGUGUGCACACAUACUGUUGCUGUCUGGCAACACUGCAUCAAUGCCCCGAGAUCCAAGGCCUACGGCUUGAAACCAUGCGGCAAAAUACGACAGCAUUCCAGGCCUAUCGUCACCAGGAAAAAAUGCCCCCAUUGCGGUGGACCACGAUUCUUUGCUCGAAGGGGUGGACUGGCUGAACGAGGCAGAGGCAGCCCGGAACCUCUGACUAGUGUAGAAGAGAAGGAAGAGCGACGUAGUAUGGACGAGGACUCUGGCUAUCACAGCGAAGCUAUUAUCGAAGAGGAUGAGGACGUGACCGACGACGACAUUCCUAUAUCACCAAAAGCAUCGGCUGUCCACUUGCGGGAUUUGAGGUGGCAGCAGCGACAAUACAGGGAGGCAGAGGCAAAACUGUCUGAGAGGCGACAAAGCCAUGAUCGUGUAAUGAGCCCAACCCGCAGAAGUCGCCCAACCUGGAGACCGAGUCUGAGGAAAGAGCCUAGCGAAGAAGCGUUGUCAUUCUCUAGAAGUCAACAGGAGCAUUACUCCUCCGUAGGCCUGGCUUUGGAGUCGACCAUCACCAACCAAACUCACCUACCCGCUCUUGACACUGCACCCACCGAGGGAAUCAAAGUCGUCCGACGCAAGAACUCUACCCUGCUUCACCCUUCAUCACCAGAUCAAUGCGAACCUAUCACCCCUCCUCGAACUCCGGAUCCAUGGUUCUCUGCACCCCGCCCGGCCUUCGCAUUCCCCAUCUCAUCUCAGCUCAAGCCACAAAACCCUCCACCACUCACCAGGAAAGACUCUACCCUGCUUCACCCAUCAAACCCCGACUCGGAGCCUGAACACUUCUCAUCUGAUGCGACCGCAAUCGCUUUGACCACCGAAGCAGCAGUCCCAUUGCCUGCGCCCAAGCGGCCAGAAUUUGUGCGAAAGUCAUCUACACUCCUCCACCCAUCGUCUCCCCAAUCCCCACCACUUUCCCCCGGCGACGAGGAGGAGGAGGAGCAGGAGGUUCUCUGCAAUAACAUGGCCAAGUGCGACAUCCUGACGCCGCCGCCAUCGUCCGACUCCUGCGAAUUCCAAUCUACCUUUUUCCAUCGCCCUACGCAAGCGAAGCCGCUGUUCGUCUUCCCUCACAAUCUCAUUCCACGAAAUAGCUCAAGCUUCCAGUACAGCCAGGCCCGUCGCCGCUCGAUUCUGCACUCUUCGCUCUCAGACACUGAGGAGUAG